CAUUCCCAUGGGGGCCGACAGAGUCUGUCACACAUGGAGAAGCUUAUAAAAAUAGACACGAACAGAAGGAGAUAUUUUAGCACCUAAUAGAAAAUAUCUGAUAGAAAAGUCUCUCAAGUGACGGAGGAGUUAUGAAGAACAGUUUCAGUGGAUGUUAGGCUCCUUCCGGGAUGCCAACUUGUUUGUAAUCUUUUAGGACCUUUCUGUAGUCCGCCCUCCAUAGUCACACUGUAAGAGGGAGGGGGUUGCUCCGGCAGCCCCUCCACGCUUGUGCCGCGUAUGUAACCGUCUGCCGUGUCGCUUCUCAGGACGCUCCGGUUGGGAGGAGCUCGGAUGCAGGAGUGGCUCAACUCCAGCUGCUGCUCCGGGGUGCGGCGCUGGAAGCCGUGCGGGCCCUUGUGCUCUUCCCCGUCUGAUGCCCAGACACUGUUCUGCUGGGGGCUGCAAAUCUCGUGACAACCGUGAGACUCGUAAUGCUGGUAUCACAUUUCAUAAAAUACCUAAAGAGGCCUCACGGCGAAACCUUUGGAUCAGCAACUCCCAUCGUGCCGACUCCUGGGAUCCCCAGACCAACUUUGUCUACUUUUGCUCCAAACACUUCACCCCGGAGAGCUUUGAGCUGGCCAGUUGCAGUGGAAUCAGGAGACUACGAGAGGAUGCAUUUCCCACUUUGUUUGAUUCCUCCUCUGCCACCAAAUACAAAUGGCUGGGGAAGAUCCUGAAACAAGAAGAAAGAAAAAGUUCAGGCGAGAUGUUAAGCGACAAGUCUGCAGCUGAAGCCGCAGUUCAAAGGUCAGUGGAGGCCGAAGAGACCAAUGAGGGGACCCCGGAAUCCUCACAAGACACAUCAGAAAGCGAGCAGCGGCAAACGCAAACCUCCUCGCCGCCAUCCCGGUCCGUCUCGCCUUCUCGCUACAUGCGCCGCCUGCCCCCUCGCCCGGGCUUCUACCUGCCCAAGGAGCAUAGCUACGCUCAGCUGUGUCCCCUGGUGUGGAGGAGACGUUACGACCUGGCCGUGGACUACUUGGAGAAAACACUCCGGCGACUUCACGCGGCGAGGCGCCGCGAGAACCGACUGAGGAACGCCUUGCUGAGGCUGCAGGACAAACAGCAGAAGCAGGUGCUGCUCGCGUCGCGCCACUUGGAGACCCGACCGUCUCGAGGAGGACCGGCCGAGACACGGAAGUGCAGUUACUGCGGGAGGGGCCAUGUCCAAGGCGGGGAGCACACAACAGGGGAUAAAGAUGUGAUGAAGACCAAAAACAAAACAGCUGAAUUGACACUUAAGCUAGAGCGAACCCCGGAGGACGUCACAGACGAACAUAAUAGGGCAAACUUUCAUGUCUUCCCACGUGAGGCCCAAAGCGCAGAAGCUCUGCCUGAUUUUUGUGAAGCAUCGAGUGAGUCGCCGUUUUGGGUGCGCGGCGAAGCCAACACUCAGUUCAUCCUGGUCCCCUUCCCCGACGAAGACCAGCUCCAGAACUAUCUCCAUAUAGAGGAGGUGCCAAACCAUGCCAUCCUGCUGUCAGAAGUGGAUCUUCAACAAGACUUGCAAGUAGAGAAUAUGCAAGUCGUCAACUCCUCUCAGGUGGAGCUGGGUGAGGAUGUGAGGGAGAGACUGAAAGAACACCUGGAGGGCUUUCACCUGCAGCUCAGCAACGAGUUUGCCAACUGACAACUGCCAAACCCUCUAACAUAGAAUCAAACACUUAGACCAAGUCCACACAAACACAGAGGGAGGGAGGGAGGAUCUAGGACGGCUGCCAGCUGCUGACAGAAAGACACACUGCAACACACACACACCACAGGGAGAGGAGUGAAGCAAGAGACACGCAGGACCAGGAAAAGUUGCCUCAUUCGAUCCAACAGU